AUGUUCGAGGCAGACCUCUGCACCGGGAGCAGCAACAGCCGAGAAUUCAGUCUGGGGUCACCAGUCACUAAUCCCCUUCUCCACUACAACCCCCACAGUUACCCACAGGACCAGCAGGAGGCACUGCGGCUACGCGAUUAUGAGCUCCCUCCUCCAUGUCACUAUGAUCACACUUACCACACCUUUGAUGGUACGCUCGUCCACACAACCCCACCUCCCCAGAAGCUCAGGACCCCCAGCUCCAGCAGCAGAGUACAGUUACUCCUGGAGAACAGGUCCCUAUGGCAGCAGUUUCACCAUCUGGGAAACGAGAUGAUCAUUACUAAGUCUGGAAGGCGGACAUUCCCUCAGUGCUCUGUCAGUGUGACAGGCCUGGAUCCCCAUGCCCAGUACAUGAUGCUGAUGGAUGUGGUUCCAGUUGACAACAUCCGGUACAAAUGGCAGGCCAAGAGCUGGGAGGCUGGAGGGAAAGCAGAACCCCAUCUCCCGCAACGUUUCUACAUCCACCCAGAUUCCCCGAGCCUGGGAUCGUCCUGGAUGAGCAAAAUCAUCUCCUUCCACAAGCUCAAGCUGACCAACAACCCCAUUGACCAACAGGGACACAUCAUCCUCCAUUCGAUGCACAGGUACCAGCCCCGUUUCCAUGUUGUACAGGCCAACCAGCUGUACAGUCUGCGCUGGAACUGCAUUGCCACCUUUGUGUUUCCUGAGAUGGUCUUCACUGCAGUAACAGCCUACCAGAACUCCCAGAUUACCCAGUUGAAGAUUGAUAAUAAUCCCUUUGCAAAGGGAUUCCGUGUUAAUGGAAUGAACAGUAAAAGGGUGCGAGAGGCGAGGACCCUGCAGAGCCGCAGAAGUCCAGCUGUAGUGGAGGAGAGGAGCUGUGACUGUAAUACAGGUAAAACUGUCACUACAGUGUGGGGUCGGGAUUGGUGGGUGUGGGGCUACAGGGAGAAAGCUGAGCGAAGUGAUUCAGGGCCAUGUCAGAAUCACACCGUCCCUGAGAUGCUCAACAAGGGGAGGCAAUGA